AUGGACGACGACUUCUACGGAGCAGGCGACCUGAUAGACGUCCCAGACGACUAUUACCCGCCCACGCCACCUCCCUACGAGGAGAUCUUCACCAUGCGCAGCGGGCGGGCCAUCAACCUCCGCCUGGUGGGGGCCAGCCCGACGGAGGCUCACGUGCUCUGGAACGGCGCGAAGGUGGUGUCCGACUACUUCGAGGCCGACCCCGGGCGGGUGGCGGGCAAGACGCUCCUGGAGCUGGGGGCCGCGUCCGGCCUGCCCUCGCUGGUGGCCGCCAUACUGGGCGCCGCCAGGGUGGUCAUGACCGACUACCCGGACCCGGAGCUGGUGGAGAACAUGCAGAGGAACAUCGACGCGUGCGAGGGAGUGGGUGGGACGGGCGUCGUCCUGGCCAGGGGUUUCAUCUGGGGUGGCGACCCUGCGCCGCUGAGGGAGUGUCUCGUGGAGGGGCAGGAGCAGGGGCAGGGGCAGGAGGAUGCUAGGUUCGACGUCUUGGUCCUGGCAGACCUCUUGUUCCGUCACAGGGAGCACCCGGACCUGGUCAAGACCAUACGGGAGACGCUGAGCAGGAAGGAGGGCAGCGCGGCCUACGUCUUCUUCACGUCGUAUAGACCGUGGAAGAAGGAGCUCGACAUGAAGUUCUUCGAUGUCGCGAGGGAGGACGGCUUCGAGGUUGAGCACGUGCUCGAGAGGAAGCUGGACAAGCCGCUGUUCGAGAAUGAUCCGGGGGAUCUGGAUGUGCAGAAGACGGUGAAUGGGUUUAUCGUAAGGUGGCCUGCUUCUUAG